AUGUUGGUUUGCAAGCUUUCUACGUCUUUGAAAGACUAUGGUUUCAAACAAUGUGUGAAGGAUUACUCUCUUUUCAUUUUCGCGGAUGCGGAUACACGGAUUCAUGUUCUUGUGUACGUUGAUGAUCUCAUUGUUACUGGAAGUUCUCCACAGAUAAUCGCUGGUUUCAAGACAUGCAUUGAAGUGGCUCGAUAUUCUGAAAGCAUGUAUUUAUGUCAACGGAAGUAUACGCUCGAUAUCAUUUGUGACUCGGGUUUGCUUGGUGCCAAACCGGUCUCUCAUUCUCUUGAGCAAGACCAUCACCUUGCGCGAGCGGGUGGGGCAGUUCUUCCAGAUCCUUUCAUGUAUCAUCGCUUAGUGGGCCGACUUAUUUAUCUCAGUGUGACUCGUCCAGAUAUCUCUUAUGCUAUUCAUAUGCUCUCACAAGUUAUGAAUGCUCCCCAGGAGCUUCAUUGGGAAGCUGCGCUUCGUGUGUGUGAUGCUGAUUAUGCUGGAUGCACGCUUAGUCGUCGGUCGCUCAUGGCUUGGUUUAUUCAGCUUGGAGGUUCUCCCGUGUCUUGGCGCACACGGAAACAGGAUGUGGUUUUGCGUUCUUCGGCUGAGGCUGAAUAUCGUUCGAUGGCGGUAAUUGUGUGUGAACUUCUAUGUUUACGGGAGCUUCUUAUGUUUCUUGGUGUUGAUUGUUCUUAUCCGAUCCCACUUCAUUGUGACAAUCAGUCGGCUAUUCAUAUUAGUAAGAACCCGGUGUUUCAUGAAUGGACGAAGCAUAUUGAGACUGAUUGUCAUUUUAUCCGUGAUGAGAUCCUCUGUGGUGUUAUUGCUCCUCAAUAUGUUGGUACUAAAGAACAGCUUGCUGAUAUUCUUACUAAAGCGCUUGGUCGCAAAGAGUUUGAUGAGUUUCAUGGCAAGUUGGGUAUUUGUGAUCUUCAUACUCCAACUUGA